UUCGCCAAUCUCUACUCCUUUCUUUUCUUUUAUUGUCACUCUUUCCGGCCCAUUCUUAUUCACUAUCAUAUACACACCACCGCAAUUUCAUACAAAUCAUAGCCGAAAGCAAUGAGAAUUGGUGAGAAAAGACUUCAGGCAUUUCGGCUCAUCAGCUUGGAUGAACCAUCGGUCCCGUUGUCUGGUAUCAAACGCAUCGGGGCUCGCUUCGACCAUAAAACACAAGAGCAUAUCAUCCUCUGGAACGAUAUUACAUCCGUUUACAAGGAAGCAAACCAUCUAGAAAUCGGAGGAGAAAUUCUAUCAUUCCUUGCAGAUGAGGACUUUGAAUAUAUCAAACCGCUCCGAAUCCGUGCAGAACUAGAUGGUGUACUAGAUGUUGUCCUUCCCUCUCAAGCGGGUGUUUCAAGGGAGGUGGAUACAACAGCAACAAUACAACCAAAGGUAGACGGGUCAGUUAUACCAGAAUCGAGUGAAGUUAUAGUCCUUAAUUCUGACACAGCAACCAACAGCAAUGACACCAAAAGCCUGGAGACAGAUAUGAAGGAUCUUUCCAUAAGAGAAGAUGAGGCUGAUUGUUCGACCGUAGCCGAGGCUCAAGGAGAGUGUAUCCCAAGCAAUGAAUCAAAGGUUUCAGGAGAGAAAACUACCCUAGAAAGUGAAGAAUUGGCGGUAGGGUUGACCAAAGCACUCAAAGAGGAUGCCACGAUCCAGAUGAUCCUAGGAUACAUGUUCUCAAGUGGGAAAGGGGCUCCACAAGAUUAUACAAAAGCAUUUGAGUGGUACCUUAAGGCAGCUCACCAAGGAGAAGCUAUUGCUCAAUACAAUGUCGGCCUCAUGUAUUAUGAAGGCAAGAGCGUCCCACAAGACUAUGCAAAAGCGUUUGAGUGGUAUCACAAGGCAGCCGACCAAGGAACUGUCGAUGCUCAGUACCAUUUAGGCCUCAUGUACUAUAAUGGCAACAGCGUCCCAAAGGACUACUCAAAGGCCUUUGACUGGUUUCUUAGAGCUGCUAAUCAAGGAAAUGCUAACGCUCAGCACUAUCUAGGCCGCAUACACAAUAAUGGCAAUGGAGUCACCCAAGAUUACUUAAAAGCCUUUGAGUGGUAUCUCAAGGCAGCCAACCAAGGAAAUGCCGACGCCCAGAGCUCUUUGGGUCUCAUGUACCGUAAUGGUAAAGGCGUCCCACAAGACUACUCAAAAGCUUUUGACUGGUACACCAAGGCUGCCAGUCAAGGACAUGCAACUGCUCAGAAUAAUCUAGGUUACAUGUACCGACAUGGCAAUGGAGUCACACAAGACUACACAAAAGCCAUCGAGUGGUAUCUCAAGGCUGCCAAUCAAGGAAAUAACUCUGCUCAGAACGCUCUAGGCAAAAUGUACCGUAAAGGCAAUGGCGUCCCACAAGACUACACAAAAGCCAUCGAGUGGUUCCUCAAGGCUGCCAAUCAAGGAUAUGCAGCUGCUCAGGAUAAUCUAGGAGAUAUGCACUAUUUUGGCUAUGGAAUCCUACAAGAUUACUUAAAAGCCAUCGAGUGGUAUCUCAAGGCUGCCAACCAAGAAAAUGUCGAUGCUCAGAAUAGUCUAGGCGUCAUGUACUAUAAUGGCAAUGGAAUUACAAAAGACUACACAAAGGCCUUUGAGUGGUAUCUCAAGGCUGCCAACAAAGGACGUGCUAGUGCUCAACGCAUGGUUGCCUCGAUGUAUCGAGACGGCAAAGGAGUCUCAAAGAACCUUGUUGAAGCAAUAAAGUGGUACCAAAAAGCCGCUGACCAAGGUGAUGUUGAUGCCCAGGGAAUAUUAGACAAGCUCCAGUGUUGAAGUCUCUUCCGUAUAUGUAAAAUGAAGUGCUCGUUGAUACGCUGCGCUAGAGAUAAUUUAAUACAGUUGGUUGUUUACUGGACUUGGCGGUUGUUGUAUAACAACAGGCCUGAAUUCAAUAUCAGUGACAACCUCAUGCAUAGCUUCUCCCAUUUUAUUUUUGCUUUAUAAUUAUCUUCCAGAUUUAUUUACAUACGACCGUUGCUCCCUUACGAAGCUACCUUCUCGUGAAAUGGAGAAAUAAAAAC